UUCAUUAUCACUUUUUGUGAUUUUAGCAGCUGCGAGGCUUUACUACGUGCACAAGUGAAAGACAUGUCAGGGUGUUCGUCUGUUUUAGGUGUCUGUGCUUCCUCAUGCAGGUGUCAAUCUUGGCAAGAAUCAAUUUAUUAUUUUAAUUUAACAUUAUAUAGUGUACCUAUUUGACCACCUUCAGAAAUGACCUAAUAUUGACAUGAUUGCAUCACACAGUUGUUGCAGAUUUCUCAGCUGCACAAUCUCCUGUCUUCCACCACAUCUCAAAGGCGCGUUAUUGGUUUGAAAUUUGGUGACUGUGGAGUACAAUGAACAUAUUGUUAGGUGGCCAAAAGAAACAGGUUGAGAUGUUUGGGCUUUGUGGCUUGGCUGGAAACAGGAAACAGAAAAUGAGUACACUGUGGUCAUAAAGGGAUGGACAUGGUCAGCAACAAUACUCAGGUAGGCUGUGGCACUUAAAUGUUGCACAGUUGAUACUUAAGGGCCUGAAGUCUUUGCCUUCUUCUGCUGCUGCUUUUUUGGGGUCGGCACAGCAGAUCAUCUGCCUCCAUCUCAUCCUAACCCUGCCAUCCUCCGUCAUGUCUAUGCGUGCAUGUCCUCCUUUACUACAGCCACAAAUCUCCUCUUGAUCCUCCUGUUGUAUUGCAGCUUUAUCUUUAACAUCUUUUGUCCAGUAAAUCCACCAUCCUUCCUCUGCACAUGUCCAAACCAUCUUAGUCUUGCGUCUCCCACUAUGUCGCUAAAACCCUCAACCUGAGCUGUCCCUCUGAUGUACUGAUUUCUAAUCUUGUCCCUUCUGGUUACACGUAAUGAAAAUCUUUACCUCUGCCUCUGAUCUUUUUUUCACUGCCACGCCCUGCAAACCAUCAUUGCAUAUUUCAUAGAAGGGUUCACUGCCAUCUUGUACACCUUCUCUUUCACUCUUGCGCCCAUCCUUUUCUCACAAAUCAGCCCUGACACUCAUCUCCACCCAAUCCUCCUUACCUGCACUCUCUCCUCCAUCUCUCUUGUGCAGUCCGUUGCUUUGGUUGGAUGACCUCAGGUAUUAAAAUUCAUCUACCCUCAACCUGUAUCCCUCUCAUUCACACACAUUUAUUCUGUUUCUUCUACUGACUUUCAUUCCUCUUUUCUGCAGAGAAAAGCUGUAAUUCCACUGUCAGCCUAUUGUUGUAUAACAUAUUAAUCAUCAUUGUGAUGAAGUUUGUUUUCUGGCAUGAACGUAAACCACACAUAGGCACGCAGAGCUGGCAUGCAACACCUUAAAUUAAACGAGAAGCAGCAUUGUGCUACUGUUAGCACUGUUUCUUAAUCCCACUGUGAUGGGUUUCAUCUCUUACCUGCAGUGGUGCAUGUCACACAAACCGAAUAUGAAAAGCGUAGGAUCGAAGUCAGUAAGAGUAGCUGUAAUAUCAGCAACGGCCACACAGUGGCAGUGUGUUCAUGGUGGAAGGCUUGUUGGGCUUGUGGGAAACGUCUGCUCAGCUUGUGUGUAUGUGUGGUGAUGACGAUGAGUCAGUCUCAACUCAACAUAUCCCCUUAAAUUCCAAAUUGCACAAAUGUCAUUGCACAACAUCACUUUUCCUCUUUUCGAAAUACAGCUGGCACGCUUUUAUUCGUUCCGAGGAAACUUUUAGAAACUGACUGAAGCAUGUGAAGAGUGGGGAAGAAAGAGAACGGUCUGGGAUUCAUCAUGAGUGUUAUGGCAUACUGAGACAUGUCAGCCGGAGCUGCUGUGACCCUGUUCCAGCUGCUCCAGGAUGUGAAGCUGACAUUAAAUUUCAAAAUUCACACUCUGUGCAUGAGUGUGUGUGUGAGAGCAAGUGUUUGUUAAGGCUACGUGGAAUGCUGAACAGGUCAAGGCAGGCUGUUGAAGGUGAAUCUGCGGGGUGGAAAUGUUGCGUGUAGUUGUCUGUACAUACAUGAUUUUUGUCAGCCGUCAAACAGCUUUCAAACCUGAGCUGUACCUUUGCAUCUCUAAUGGUCAUUUUAUUUAAUAAAAAGAACUCCUAAGAAAGCAAUCAGAAUUAACUCAUGAGAAGUAGUAGGUUGUUCUAUAACCAGCACCUUUAUAGCUGAGCUGUUAACUUUCUACAAAAUGUGCUAAUAAACAAUAAUAUAAUAAAUGAAAUAAUUGUUUCAAAGGUGUUUUGACACCUCUCCUCGACCUGUGGUUGUGUUGUGCAGAUGUUAACACCAAACCAGCUGCACCAGGACACUUUUAGAGGAGAUGAAGUUAAAUGAAUGAGUCACAUGAACUCCAAAGUGGUUCAUUUAUGGUGACACCAUGAUCCAACCCAGCUACCUGUUGUGCUCUGCAAGUUUGAACUAAACACCUUCCUGUUGUAGCCAGGUAUGCUUUCUGGCAUGCAGCGGAGUACCGCAGAUGUUUAGAGUACACAAACUCUAGGAACUAGCCAUAAAAUGAGUAAAACUGCCCAGACAAAGAUGAAUGCUGGUCGGUUCUCUGUCUUAUCUACUAGUUCAGAACACAGCACCUUCUUCAAGCCCAGCAGACUGAGUAGGCAUGUGCAAGAGUAGCUGCAGAUACAUAAAUAGAUCUUUUUAAAAUCCUCCAAUGAAAUAAGAGAACGUAACCUUAUAUUUGUUUUGUGGGCAGUAAAAUAUUUAAAUUAGGUUUUUUUUACAUGUUAAGUGUGAUUAAGAGUAACUGCUAAUAGUGUGCCCUGCGACCAGACAUUUAAGUAUUUAAAUUUAGGCGCAGGGCAGAGGUAAACAGGCCAUAUGUGCAGUAUAGUCUUCUUUUAGCUAAACACAACCUUCCUGCCUUUUUAUACAAGAUGUAACGUGAGGGACAAAAGACUCGCCUGUGGCAAAGCGCAGCAGGAUCAGGGGGCUUCAAGGCCAACAAAGAAAUAUGCAUGUGAUCGCUAUACUGCACUUUAGCACAUAUAAGCACGCAGAGCAAGAAGUCACGCACCCUUCGACUUUAUAUCUCAGGAAAUGCUCUGUGUGAGGGAGCUUCCUUGACAGAGCGUGCAUAUAGUCAGUUGAUGGCUGUGAAUGCUGUUUACCGAACCCCGUCCCUUCUCUGAUGACAUCACAGCUUCAUGUUUUGAGAGGUUUGCGCCUGAAUAUCUGUUGUGGUUUGUGUUCACUGUAGAUUAGCCCUUCCUACAUAAGCGCUCCCACAUAGUGCUGUGAUGAAUUAUUCAUAGAGUGACAUUUUGCUUUUUCUCAAUAGUUUGUUGUUUGUUGCUGGGAAAUAAUUUCAGUUUACAAAAGCUGUGAAAAUAGUAUCCGUGCCGACCCGUGUACCCGUGAUCAGAUAUCAGCGCUGGUCCUUACUGCGUUCCAAAGUACAAGAAGUUUGAAGUUUGGCUUUAUAUUCCUGUCAUCGAUCAUAAUAAAGUUUCUUUAUGAACAAACAAGACAUCUACAAAUACUUAUUGGCAAUAUUGACAUUUUUUUACUUUAAAGCUCCAACAUGAAUGCCUUCUUAAGGAUUAUACAGAAGGCACUCACACUCUGUAUGAGUGUAUUCUAAGUGUGAGAAAAUAAAUCUUCCUCUUUUUAUCAGCUCUUCAUGCCUUUUCUUUUCCAGCUUUUAUUUGCUGUACAGAGAGUGCUGAGGCAGAGAGAUGUAGGAGGUGAACAGAGACUGCGUUGACAGUGUUGAAAGGUCGAGGACUCUUCUUCUUCUUUUGUCUCCUCCUUCCUGUGAUGCAUUCCCCCCCUUCUACCUGCUGCAGGAGGGGGAGGGGGAGCAUAUCUUUUUUGAUAGGUGUGUAACCACAUAACCACACCUCUGUGUGCUCAAGGGUUUGAGCCCUGGAGGUGUAUGUGAGAGACAAGUACUGGAGUGAGACGAGACUCAACAAUUCGUACUGGGGACUGAGCGUUUUCAGCCAACGAGAGGUAGGAAGGAAGGAAGGAAGGAAGGAAGAGAGGGAGGGAGAGAGAGAAAGCAAGGCAAAGGGGAGAUGAACUCUUUGAGGCUGAAAGAGUUGUCAAACUCAGACUUAUACAGGCGAAGGAAGGAAAAACCAGACAAUGGAAAUGUCAGCGAGAGUUUGGCUUGGGACAGCUACAGCAACAUGGCCAAUGCACUGGCCAAUGCCAUGUGUGAGCGCUGCAAGAGUGGCUUUGACCCAGUAGAGAAGAUAGUGAACAGCAACGGGGAACUUUACCAUGAACAGUGCUUCGUGUGUGCCCAGUGUUUCCAGCAGUUCCCAGAGGGGCUCUUCUAUGAGUUUGAAGGCAGGAAGUACUGUGAGCAUGACUUCCAGAUGCUGUUUGCACCUUGCUGCCACCAGUGUGGUGAGUUCAUUAUUGGCCGUGUGAUCAAGGCAAUGAACAACAGUUGGCAUCCAGACUGUUUCUGCUGUGAUAUCUGCCAGGCUGUGCUCGCAGAUGUUGGAUUUGUUAAGAAUGCUGGAAGGCAUCUGUGCCGCCCAUGUCACAACAGAGAGAAAGCUCGGGGCCUCGGCAAGUACAUCUGUCAGAAGUGCCACGCCAUUAUUGAGGAGCAGCCUCUGCUUUUCAAGAACGACCCCUACCACCCUGAUCACUUCAACUGCAACAACUGCGGUAAGGAGCUGACAGCUGAUGCAAGGGAGCUGAAGGGGGAGCUCUACUGUCUACCCUGCCACGACAAGAUGGGUGUCCCGAUCUGUGGAGCCUGUAGGAGACCCAUUGAAGGCCGUGUGGUUAAUGCAAUGGGCAAGCAGUGGCAUGUGGAGCAUUUUGUGUGUGCUAAGUGUGAGAAACCUUUCCUGGGACACCGUCACUACGAACGCAAGGGCCUGGCCUACUGCGAAACGCACUACAACCAGCUGUUUGGAGAUGUUUGCUACCACUGCAAUCGUGUCAUUGAAGGCGAUGUGGUGUCUGCUCUUAACAAGGCGUGGUGUGUCAACUGUUUUGCCUGCUCUACUUGCAACACCAAGCUCACCCUGAAGGAUAAGUUUGUGGAGGUGGAUCUGAAGCCGGUGUGCAAACACUGCUAUGAGCGCCUCCCUGAUGACAUGAAACGUCGGCUGGCCAAGCGAGAACGUGACUCAAAAGAGAAGAAGAAGAAAUUGAUACCCAUGUGUCUGUGAUCCCUCUCUUUCUGCUCUCUCCUUACUUCAGCUGAUUUUUUCCUUUGGAACAAGUUUGUGGAGUUUGACAUGAAGCCGGUGUGUAAGAAGUGCUAUGAGAAAUUCCCCCUGGAGCUGAAGAAGAGACUGAAAAAGCUGUCUGAAACUGUUGCAAGGAAGUAAAAACGCAGUGGAGCAGCUGGAG